ACUAACGAGCGCUGGCAACUUCUUCGGCGAGUCCCCGAAGCGACCGAAGAACCCCCCAAAAACAAGGGGGUCGGGGGGAAAUGGCCAGUUAGAAAGACACCCGGGGACUUCGUUGGGGAUCCCGGACCGGGACUCGGACGUCCAACGGGCCGCUGGCGAUCCGGAUCCGGACGUUAAGGCGGAAGAGAGAGAAGGAAAGCGGCAACAGGAGGGGUCGAGCUGCGCGGACAUGGCGGACAGAUAAGGCGAACCCGAGGAGGAGAGGCGGCUGCUGGGUUCUUUCAAAGUUUAUUUUAAUGUAAGGCCCCCCACAGGACCGUAAAGACCCCCCGGGUCCCCCACACCCUGCGGCCGGCAUGGCGUCCACUCACGCCCGGCUCGGCCAGCAGGCCUUAGCGGUGCUCGAUGUGGCCCUGCGAGUCCCCUGCAUCUUUAUUAUCGACGCCAUUUUCAACUCGUACUACGACCCGGGUUCGGGAUGGGCCGGGACGACGGGCAAGGUGCUGGUCAGGGUCACGGGUGUCCUGGUGUCCAGCUUGGUGCUGCUCCUCUCCCAGAAGGCCCUGUUCAAGUUCUACACGCUGCUCGCCGCCGUCCUCCUCGGCGUGACGGCGGCGCUCAUCAACUACUUCGCCACCUCCCACAUGGACUUCUACGGCGCCUACUACAAGGCGGCGCUGGGCUUCCGGCUGCUGCCGCGCAACGGGCCCACGCUGUGGCUGGGCGUGGCGGCGGUGCAGCUGGCGUUCGGCGUGGGCUACGUGUUCCUGCUCAACCUGCAGUCGGUGUUCGCGGCGCUGGUGGUGCUGGACAUCAUGAUCCCCCUGUGGGGGCUGAUGAUCGAGCUGCCGGCCGACGUGCGCCACACGGUGGCCGUGUUCUCGGGCGCGGCGCUGGCGCUCAACACGGCCGUGUGCCUGGCGCUGCGCCUCAAGUGGUUCUACUACUCGUGCCGCUACGUGUACCUGCUGGUGCGCCACAUGUACCGCAUCUACGGGCUGCAGCUGCUGCUGGAGGACACGUGGAAGAGGAUCCGCUUCCCCGACGUGCUGCGCGUGUUCUGGCUGACCCGGGUCACCGCGCAGGCGCUGAUCCUGGUGUACGUGGUGCGCGCCGUGCGGCGGGAGAGCGGAGACGCCACGGGCGGCGGCGCCGACUCGCAGGACUUCCUGCUCAGCUGGGACGUGUUCUGGGACCUCGCCAGUAACCUCGUCAUCUCCGGCUGCGACUCCACGCUCACCGUGCUCGGGAUGAGCGCCGUCAUCUCCUCGCUGGCGCACUACCUCGGCCUCAGCAUCCUGGCCUUCAUCGGCUCCACUGAGGAAGAGGAUAAGCGUUUAGGCUUCGUUGCUCCGGUUCUGUUCUUCAUCCUGGCUCUGCAGACGGGCCUCAGCAGCCUGGACCCCGAGGAGCGCCUGGUGCGCCUGAGCCGUAACAUGUGCCUCCUGCUGACGGCCAUCUUGCACUUCGUCCACGGCAUGACGGACCCGGUGCUGAUGUCCCUGAGUGCGUCCCACGUGGCGUCCGUGCGGCGCCACGUCCCCGUGCUGCUGGUGUCCGCCGCGCUCUUCCUGCUGCCUGUGGCGCUAAGCCACGCCCUCUGGCACCACUACGCCCUCAACACCUGGCUGUUCGCCGUCACCGCCUUCUGCGUGGAGCUGUGCCUCAAGGUGGUGGUGUCCCUGUUGGUGUACGGGCUCUUCAUGGCGGACGGGCUCUCCGGCGCCCUGUGGGAGAAUCUGGACGACUACGUGUACUACGUGCGCUCGGCGGGCAACGUGGUGGAGUUCCUGUUCGGCGUGGUGAUGUUCGGCAACGGCGCCUACACCAUGGCGUUCGAGUCGGGCAGUAAGAUCCGCGCCUGCAUGAUGUGCCUCCACGCCUACUUCAACAUCUACCUGCAGGCGCGCAACGGCUGGAAGACGUUCACCAACCGGCGCACGGCGGUGCAGAAGAUCAACGCGCUGCCCGAGGUGCGCGGCGCCCGGCUGGCGCGCGUGGAGGACGUGUGCGCCAUCUGCUACCAGGAGUUCUCGGCGUCGGCGCGCGUCACGCCGUGCCGACACUACUUCCACGCGCUGUGCCUGCGCAAGUGGCUGUACAUCCAGGACACGUGUCCCAUGUGCCACCAGCGCGUGUACGUGGAGGACGGGGGGCGCGGCCGGGCGCCGUUCUCCAACGACGACGACGCCGACGAGCCGCCGCCGGGGGCGGGCGAGCUCGGCGAGGCGGCGGCGGACGGGGCGGCGGGCGGCGGCCGCGCGAUGGCGGGGGCGGGAGGAGGCGGAGCUCCCGGGGAGCCGGACAACGAUCUGCUGGAGGACAACGACAGCAUCGAGUACGACGAAGACGAGUGGGGCGCGAACAACGGCAGCACGCCGCUGGAGGAAGAGUACAUCAACGACGACACGGACUCCACCGAGGACGCCUGAACUAUUAUAUACAGUUAUUAUGAAAACAACAACGUGUGUGUGUGAAUUAUUGGAGAUCCUGAUAAAAAUUUAUUUAUUUUCACAUCACUAAGUUAAUUAUCUGAUUCUCUGCAACAUGCAUAAAUAAAUAUUUAUAUAUAUUAAUUAAUAUAUACAUACAUUUAUAUUUAUAUAUAAAUAUUUAUACAUACAAAUUAAUAUAUACAUUUAUUUGUAUGUAUAUAUAUAUAUUUAUCAAUACAAAUUAAUAUAUAUGAAAUACUAUAUAUUUAAUUAAUAUAUAUAUUUAAUUAAUAGAUUUUAAUAUAGAUAAAUACGUUGCACAGUUUGAAGUGAGCUGUGGAAAUAUAUUUUUUGUUUCAGAGAAAAGAAGCAACACUUUUCAUCACGUUCGCGGCCCCAGUGUGUGUGUGUGUGUGUGUGUGAGACUGAGCUUCAGGUUUCUUGGAGUCUUUCAGAAAGUUUAGUUUGCUUCCGUUUUUAAAACUUCUCCAUCAAUACGUUCCUCUCCAGCUGUUGUUUUUGUUUUUUUGCCUCCUAUUCCCGCUCGCCGUCGUCGUGGCGACUCGCCGAGCGGAGGGAUUCUGCUGCGGUGAGUUGAGAGGAAGAAGCUGUCCUGUACGUCACUGAAUACCUCGCUCCGGUCUCCUGUGCGACCUCGCCUACGCCGUGUAUGUUCUGUUCACGCCAUGCACACGCCCGCCAGCAGGGGGCGAGGGCCGCACGCCACGCUGACGCACACGCCCGCCAGCAGGGGGCGAGGGCCGCACGCCUUCGCCUAAAUCGGUGUUCGGCUACGCUCUCCAGAAACGGCCAAAACGUUUGUAUUCAUUUCUCAACGCCACAGAACGACCGUUUGAAAAGCACCACGAUUAUUAAUCUGAUUAUUUAGUUUGUCGGUUGUUCGUCACGUUGAUUUUUUUGGCUCCGAUCUUUUCAGUAAAUGCACUUUUUAUUUGUUGGUGUUUCUCAUCACGGCAGGAGGUGUGAAGCUCCUCCCUGAACGUCCCCUCCACUUAGAUAACCGUCUCACGGAGGGAAAUGUAUUUAUUGAGCAGACACUGAUCCUGAACCACUGGAAGCCCGAAAGGACCCGCCAGACCCCCCCAGGACCCCCCAGGACCUGCACCGGGUCUCCAUGGUGACACUGUUUAGACUCCACAGCCUGAACGUCUUUACGGGUCUUAAGACUCUUGGUUUCAUUACUGUUGUAAUUGCUGAAAAUAAACUGUAAAAAAAAAAAGAGGGGGAGGGGGAUCGAAAGUUUCUCGAGAAAGAGGCGGUUCUGAUUUUUUCCAAUGAUGAUGAUGAAGGAUUUUUGGUUAAUUGGUUUAGAUUGUUUUCCGGAAGUUUUUUUUUGAAAAAGGUAAAAAAAGAAAGCUGUUAAAUUUUUGCCUUUUGUUUUAAAAAGAGAUUCAUGUAAAUAAAAAUCAUCUUUAUUAUUGCA